CCCCGCCUCCCCUUCCCUCCCUCUGCCCGUCCCCAGCUGGCUCGGAGGGAAGGGGGGGGGCUCCAUGCCUCGGACCGCCACCGAUCGCACAGUCCCCUUCGCUCCCCCGGCUUCGCUGUGAGGCCACCGGCGGGGGAUCCCACGAGACGCCCCUCCGCUCCUUCCCCCUCCCUGGGCCAUGGAUGGAGGCGAUCUGAGGAGCUUCUUUCUUCUGGUAUCACUAACGGGCCCUUUACCAUGAGCAAUUCUACUCCAGCUACAGCUAAUGGGAAUGACAACAAGAAAUUUAAAGGAGAUAGAACUCCCUGCUCACCUUCUCGUGUUCUUCAUCUUCGCAAAAUUCCAAAUGAUGUCACUGAAACCGAGGUCAUUUCACUAGGUUUACCGUUUGGCAAAGUCACUAAUCUUUUGAUGCUGAAAGGAAAAAGCCAGGCUUUCUUGGAAAUGGCUUCUGAGGAAGCUGCUGUUACUAUGGUGAACUACUACACUCCUGUGACUCCUCACCUCCGCAGUCAACCUGUUUUUAUUCAGUAUUCCAAUCACAGAGAACUUAAGACUGACAAUCUACCUAAUCAAGCUCGGGCCCAGGCUGCUCUGCAAGCGGUGAAUGCUGUGCAAUCUGGAAGUCUCGCCACCCUCAAUGCAACUCCUGCUGGAGAUAGUGGAUUACUUCCGGGGCAGAGCUCUGUUCUCCGAAUAAUUGUUGAAAACCUCUUCUAUCCUGUCACUUUGGAAGUGCUGUAUCAGAUAUUCUCCAAGUUUGGAACUGUCUUGAAGAUUAUCACCUUCACAAAGAACAAUCAGUUUCAGGCUCUGCUUCAGUUCGCUGAUCCGAUGAAUGCACAUUAUGCCAAAAUGGCUCUGGAUGGGCAGAAUAUUUACAAUGCAUGUUGCACUCUGAGAAUUGACUUUUCCAAGUUAACUAGCCUUAAUGUGAAGUAUAACAAUGACAAAAGCAGAGACUUCACUCGCCUUGACCUUCCUUCUGGUGAUGGCCAGCCAACCCUUGACCCUGCCAUGGCUGCUGCUUUUGGUGCACCAGGUAUAAUUUCUUCGCCCUAUGCAGGAGCUGCUGGAUUCGCCCCAGCCAUUGGCUUUCCUCAAGCUGCAGGUCUUACUGUACCUGCUGUUCCUGGAGCCCUCGGUCCUCUUACAAUCACCACUUCUGCUGUCACUGGACGAAUGGCCAUUCCUGGAGUUGCUGGAGUACCAGGAAAUUCCGUCCUGCUGGUUAGCAACCUCAAUCCUGAAGCUAUCACCCCACAAGGACUUUUUAUCCUGUUUGGGGUAUACGGUGACGUACACCGGGUGAAGAUCAUGUUCAACAAGAAAGAAAACGCCUUGGUUCAAAUGGCGGAUGCAAAUCAAGCUCAACUAGCCAUGAACCAUCUAAGCGGGCAGAGGCUUUAUGGAAAAGUGCUUCGUGCUACUCUGUCCAGGCAUCAGUCAGUUCAGCUUCCUCGGGAGGGACAAGAAGACCAAGGUCUGACUAAGGAUUACAGCAAUAGUCCUUUGCAUCGCUUUAAGAAGCCCGGUUCUAAGAACUUUCAGAAUAUCUUCCCUCCAUCUGCUACUCUGCAUCUUUCCAACAUCCCACCGUCAGUUACUGUCGAUGAUCUGAAGAACCUUUUUGCAGAUGCUGGAUGUACAGUGAAAGCCUUCAAAUUUUUCCAGAAAGAUCGCAAAAUGGCACUCAUCCAGCUGGGAUCUGUGGAAGAAGCAAUCCAGGCCCUUAUCGAGCUUCACAAUCAUGACCUUGGAGAAAAUCACCACCUUAGAGUCUCCUUUUCAAAAUCUACAAUCUGAAUUCUCUGUGAACUUUGCUUUUAAGACUGGACCACAGUUUCAGUAAAACCUUCAGACAGAGACUGAAGCAGUUUAAGACCAAUUCUGCCUCUCUCACAAAAAAUAACUCAACUCAUGCUGAGUUUGAUGUUCAAGUGUAUUCACACAGUAAAGAAUUAAAGGGAUAAUUUUUUUCCAUUUUAUUUCCCUGUCAGCAUGCAGUCAAAGGUUCAUUAUUUUUCCACGCUAUGGUUUUGGUGGAAUUAGACCUUAAAAUAGAAAUAUUUUUCAAAUUCCCUAGGAAGAAUUUUGUUUGAGUUUUUGGUCUAAAUCAACCUUACACACAUUUCUAAGCCUCGUUAGAUUGUAGUUCAAAAACUGAUGGUGUUUUCGUAAUAUUUUGGGGGGUGGUAAAUAUAUUUAAGUUGAAAACCUUAGCCACUUUUAGAUGUCUCAACAUAAUAAAAAACAGUUCACACGUCUUUACUCUGUCAAAGUCAUUAGGAUAUCCAAAUCAUUAGAAAAUUCAGUUUGCUUCUGUGCAAGAUCUUAGUUUAUCUUAGUUUCAGAUGCUGCCACCUCUGAAGCAACUGCUAGUCUAAAGUGGAAUAAAGAAUUAGCUCUAGGCAAAUCAAAUUUUUCAGCAUGCAUGUCUGAGGAAAAAUAGUUUCCAUCAAGUAAUGCUCAUUUUUUUUGUCAACCCUUUGAAAGUAAUCUUAUGUCUUUUUAAUCUUGUGUAAUGGUUCAUAAAAAUAAAAGUCUAAGGAAAAUGCCGUGCCUCUUUAGUCCCCAGGUAAAGUAAUUCAACUGAAUUGAGAGGGAACCAAAAUCUUUUUGAAGUUUGAGGUAAUUAAUUGGGGGAAUCAUAGUUUACCUGAUUUUCAUAUUGGCAUUUUCAUGUGAAAUGAUGUGUAAUGUGACUUUGGAAAAAUAGAGAAAGAAAAAAUGGUUCUGCUUAAAAACUACUUUUUUACAUUUGCUUUCAGAAAAAAAAAGUUUACAGUCUUAAGAAAAAUAUUCAGGUCUAUCCUGGUUUAACAGAUUUUUAAAAAGUUAUUUUUGGUAAAGUCUUCUUUAAAACAAAUUAAAACCUCAAGGGUUUUUUGUACCACUAUAAUCUGUAAUACUUAAAUCAGAAUUACUGUGUAUUUACUUAAUUUCUUAUUAUGUGCCUUAUUAUGUGCUUAUAAUGAUACAGUAGCUUAGAGUUUUAUCUAAAGUGUCUUGAAAACUGUAUUGGCUUGGUGAGAGGGUUUUUUUUCUUUAGGAUUGAAAAUGUUUUCAUUGUUUUUUUAAAUGAUUUUCUAUUAGAGUCUGAAUUCCAAUUUUUGGUGCUUUGGUGCAGAGACAGGAAUGGGGAAAGCGGGUAGUGGGAUUGGGAAUAACUCAGCACACACCCUGUCAGCCUCUUUAUAUUUUAUCUGGUAGCAUUCAGUGCCAGUUGCCCAAUAAUGGGGUGCGUUUGGUUUAGGUGGUUUUGUUUUUUCGGUUGUGGGUGUUGUUGGGUUUUUUAUUUGGUUUGUUUGUUUUUUUCUUGGUAUAAGGCAUGAUCCUCAUUUCUGGAUCAUCUGGCCUUUAAAAAGUCCCCCGUGUGAGUUUGUCUCAGAAUUCCUUGCUUUUUUGGUUAUUAUAACUUUAUUCCCAAAUGCCCACCUAAGUGUAGAGCGUAAGGGGAGGUGUAGCCUUUGCUCUCCUCCUAUUGAAUGUAGGACUGUGUUUUAAUGUUGCUUCUGUGGUUGUUUAAUAUGACAUUUGUUUCUUUUAAUCAAGAAGCUUAUUUUAAAGUAUUUCCUUUGAUAGCUGUUGGAAUUUCAGAAGUAGCAUUUCUCUCAAACUUAAGUAUCACAUUUCCCUACCCUCUUCAUUGUUUUAGAUUUUGAAAGUAAGGUACAGUGUUUUCAAGUCUCAGGAUGAGGAUCAUCUGGACUUUUCACUAAACAUUUCUGUUUCCAUAAACUCAACCACUGAUUUGAAAUCACAGAGAAUCUCAUCAAAUGCUCCCAGUAGUUCCUGGAGCAAAAAUUCAGAGGUUGAGUACGAGCAAGAUAGAAAGAAUCUAUUUCUGAAACAGAGCUGGAAGAUUAGGAAAGAGCACACUUGACACCAAAAAAAAUUGAAAAUGUAUUAUUUUAGCAUUUUGUGGAGAUGGCAGGUUUAAAUUAAGUGAUUACUUUCAUCCAUACGUGAAGAUUCUUUUCUCGGAACAACUGCUAAGAUGUGGAAAAGAUAAACCAUCAAAUUCCCCCAAAUUUGCCUAGCCUUUCUGGUUCCACAUGGCAUCAUAGUUCCAUCCAAAUGAUACUGGAAUCACCAGGGAGGCUUUCAUUCAAUUCCAGUGAAAUAAAAGUCAACUACCCUAUUGUGGAAACUCUGAAUCAAUAUAAAUACAUACGACUUUAUGUCUUAAAUCCAAAUGUUUUAGGAACCAAUGUUUCAGGAAGACAUACUCCUCGGGUUAGUAACUUCUUGUGUAAUUUAUGGAAACAUUGUUCUCCUAACGUAUGUAAAUGUAGCGGUAGUUUACUGUUAGCAAAGGGAGAGUAACAUGGAGUUGAAUGUAAUUCUGAAGGAAGGAAUGGAAGCCUUUAAAUCUGAUAGAACAUUGAAAUCCUUUUUAUCAGGGAUUUUGUGUGUGUGCUGUGUGUGUGUGUAUGUGUGUGUGUAUAUAUAUAUAAUCCAUAUAUAUCUGUAUGUGCGUACAUAGUGUAUAUUCAUACGCUAGUCUGAUGUACAUAUGUAUGCACAUGACAUACAUUUUAAGUUUUUGACUCUGGAAAAGAAAAGAUAAGUGAGUCUAAAUUAAGAUUUGGAAAAGUAGGGUGUUCUUGUGUAACAGUAGAGUGUUUGGAAAUUUCAGUAUGACCUAAAACUAGCUCUAGCGUGUGGAUGUUGUCCUUCUGAGACUCUUUGUUGUUUGGUUUACAGAGGUCUUCAGUCUCUAAGUAUGUUGACACAGGUUUCUGUUAAAGAAAAAUAAUGGGUUGUAGAAAUUCUUGAUUUAUGUAGUAUUGUUUGGACAGGAAUUUAUUCUGUAUUUUCAUACAUUUUUCCUGGUGAUCUGUGUAGUGUUACACUAUUGGUAUUUUAGUUGUGUGUACUAAAAUUUUAAGAACACGGUCUCUCAUUUUCCCAGGACUCCUACUUUUACCUAAAAUGUAGAGACCUGAAAUUUCAAAAAUAGCAGUACUUUCAAAUUUCACCUCUAAGUCAAUUCUAUCUAUAUUACAGUAAAAUUCAAAUAAACUCAUCUCUUUGUAAAGUAAUUAUCUUUUAAACUCAAAAGAGAAAAUGAAAAACAGAAAACGGAACAGUCGUGCUUUCAUUAUUCUUUGAUUGGCAGCUUGCUGGAGAAGAGCAGAAUGGUCUAAGAAUGCUAACAGAUUGUAAUCAUUCAAGUCUUCAUCCAGCAAAUGUUUCAGUUCCACUUUGACUUUACUAACAUGGAGAGAGAUUAUUGCAACAUGGUGGCCUUUUUCAAUCCAAAAUGAAAAGUUUCCCCCUUCGGAAGAUAAUUUUCCCAUGACUUUGAUUGAACAGCCCUAAUUUCGGGGGAGGGGGACGGGAUAAAGACUAGGUUUCACUAAGCUCCUCUUCUCCAGUGGCUUUAGAGUUAAUUUAGGAUGAAUAUGCCUUUGUUGGUGCUUAUUUUCUAUAAAAAAAAAUAGCAUUUGGAGUUUAAUAAAAGGUUGCAUUAGUUAAACGGCUACAGCUUUUAUUAAUACUGUGGUUCAGCUUACCGUUUCCCAUUUUAAAAAAUAUAUGGAGCAUAAUAAAGUGACUGAAAUUUCCUCCGGAAAUCUAAAAAAGCAACCCUAAUUUAACCCCCAGUCCUGCCAUACGUCUGUUUUCAGUGUGCAUUUUGAUAUUUCUUAAGCAUUUACUAUGCGCCAGACAUUGUACGUAGUGCUGGGGUAGACACCAGAUAAUUGGGUUGAACACAGUCCCCGUCCCACGUAGGGAUCACAGUCUCCAUCCCCUGAACAGUUAUAAUACGACUCUUGGGGAAUCUCUCUGUGUGUCUUUAAUCGUGUAAAAACUGAAAUUAAGAACUGGACGCCAAAGAGAGUUGCUUCAAUUUGACAGUUUUUCCACAAAUAACACUUUCCCAUGACUAGUAAAAUUAAGCCCAUAUUGUACCUAUUAUUUACAUGCAAUGAAAAGCGAUAGCGACCCUUUCUGAAUCUGUAUUCCCUAAGGCCACAUUUCUCAGAGGCAGGCAAUGUAUAGCAAUACAUUGUUCAUUGUUUUGACUGUUUCCAAAGCAGAAAUCAAAGUACAACCAAUUUUGCCAGAACGCUGUUUUCACUACACAUUAUUACUGGAAUGUUUGACCGUGCGAACCUGUUUGAAUGCGGGGCACUUUAGUGAAGGGAGAAACAUCGUGUGCGUGUAUGCAGCAUGAAACACCAUGGACACGGAAGUACGAGCCGGUUUUCGUGAGAACACAGCCCUUGAAUUUUAGAACUGGGUGUAUCCGUGUGUGUGUGUGUGUGUGCAUAAAAUACUGUCUACCAUACAGUGAGUGUUGGUGUUGUGUUUGCAAAUUAAGUUUGUCUCCUUAUCGUUUCCUAUGAAGCCCCCCCAACUCACAUACACACACCCAUCUUUGACAACAGAUUGCAAAAACACAAGUCCGGGAGCUCUUUCUUUUUCUUCAGAAGUCCAGAUCUCCUCAUUUAUCAAAAUUUCAGCCAGUCUCCUAUCUUCCGGUGUACUGCUAUUUUUAAAACUAGAAUGAGUGUGUGAGAGCAUAUUCGAAGCAACCAUUUUUGUUCACAUCUUCUUUGUCUUAGUUUAAUGAGAAUGAAACUGCCAGACUAAAAAUGUUCUACUGUUGCGCUGAAAGAAAUACAAUUCAGAUUGUACAGGGUUUUUUCCUAAGAACAACAUGUAACAUUUAAAUGUCUUUUAAAUGAUCUGUCAUAUACAAGACUGUUCUCAAUCUUUUUUUUUUUUUCAAAUCCUAAAAUCUGGGAAUUUUCAGUUGCUUUAAGAAAAAAUUGACAACUUCUAAAAUACUGAAUAUCAGGGUUUUAUGAAGGAAGAAACCAAAACAGGACCAAAGUUUAUGUGCCUUCAACAGCGAUAGUUGUCCUUUUACGUUCCUAUUUCAGUAGUACCUAGAGUCAAUAUUCUCUUUUUCAGUAAGUAUGAACGAAACGCAGUUUGAAAAGAAUGUUGUCCCACUGGCUAUCUAUACAUGCACAGAAUUAGGACCGUUUAAAUGGGGUCUCUGUUGUCUCGCCUUUACCCAUGCAGAAUUCAUUGUCUAGCAGCGUGUGGGAAACCAAGAACAGACCUCCAGUCUUUGGGGAGGUCAUGGUAACUUGGAAUUUGAGAUGAAAAGCCCAGAAAAUAGAGCAGUCCAGUGACCUCGGUAAGCCUAGUCAUGAUUGAAAGUUUACUACUGGGUAGAGAAGAUCGACACUGUAAAUAGUUGCCAGGUCUCGGAUCUCUGCAGUACUUGGGAUAUUAGUGGAUUAUUUAAAUAGCCUCCUGCUUACUGCCAUUUUCUUUACAUCUCUUGCCAAUAUUUUUUAACCUUGGUACUCAGAUCCUUCAAAGGUUCCUCCCAAAUCUAUAGCAGCGCAAGUCACCGAGGCUGCUGACCAAACAAAUCCUUGCACCAGAAUGUCACCUCAUUGCUCUGACCAAAGACUGUCUAUCAUGGUUUCACCGAGACAUUCUGUUCUUUUUGUUUGUCAUGCUCCUGACUGAAAGAAGACCCAAUGCAAAGUGGCCCUUUUUUCCUGUUUGUAUUUCAGUUGAUCAAUGGACCGCUUUGUGAAGAAAUGGGCAUGUAAUGGGAAUGAAAUGGCUUCGAAUGGGCCAAGGGAGUAAUGGACAAUUUUUUGUACUGUAUUAAAAAAAAAUAAGAUGGCUAGGAGUCUUCUGACAUCCUUUGUUUUAUGUGGUUUGUUCAUUAAAUCCCCCUUUUCAGUUGAUGAGACCAACACACACAACCAUGCUGUAAAUAUUUGUAACAACUUUUUUUACCUGGCAAAAAAAAAAAAGGUUUUUGGGAACAAGUUAAAGUAUAAGUGGUUUUAUAUAAAAUCCUCAAUUGUCUUGUAUAUUUUGAUAAGCAACAGUACCAGCUUUCAUUUGUAAAGCAGUUUGUGGCAUUGGAGGAAAAAGGUCUCCUUGUCUGUUCAGAUGUGUUAUGUUAUAGAUGCAAAGAGAAGAUGAACUAUUAAAGAAAAAUAUUUUCUAACCGUGUAGUGCAUGGUUAAUUCAAGCUUCUGUACACUGCAGUAUAUUCCAUUUCUUUUUAAAUUUGUGUAUCUGCUGAUUAUUACUUGAAUAUCUAUACUUAACUCUUUUCCUAACAACUCUAGUGUUGUAGCAUGCCUUUUAAUAAAUGUCAUUGCAUCUGUA